AUGUCUACGGCAGUAUCGAAAAGUAUAAAGUUCUCCCCGCAAAGCGAAAAGCUUCUGACUCUUGGCGCUGGCUGUUUCUGGGGAACUGAGCACAUCUACAGAAAGCACUUUGGCAGUAAGCUCGCGGAUUGUAAAGUUGGAUAUGCCAAUGGAUUAGAGCACAAAAAGGACUCUACAGACUCGGUUUCAUACAAGAAGGUCUGUGGCGGAGAUACGCAGUUUGCUGAGGUUUUACAGAUUGCAUUUGACCCAAAAGUGGUUACUCUUACGGAGCUGGUGAACUUCUUCUUCAGAAUUCACGAUCCCACCACGAUGAACUCCCAGGGCCCAGACACUGGGACACAGUACCGUAGCGCCAUUCUUACCCACUCCCAGGAAGACUUGGAGGAAUGUCGCGCGCUGAAGGAAAGCUGGCAACCCAAGUGGCACAACAAGAUCAUCACAGAAGUUGCCAUGUGCACGAACUUUUACGAUGCCGAGGAAUACCACCAGUUGUACUUGGAUAACAACCCACAGGGAUACAGCUGUCCUACUCACUACGUGAGAGACUUGUAG